GGAGCGCGAAGGCGGAGGGGCGGGCCACGGGGCAGCGGCGCGGGCGAAGCAGCGCCCGGGACCCGAAGGGCCCUCACACCCCGCGCACCUGCAGCCCAGGUCCGGGCAGCGGCCCCGGAACGCGCCCUAACGUGCUCUGCCGAGGAGGCGUGAGGAACAUGGAGAGGCCCCCGCCUGUGUUUGAGGAUCGGCCCUGUAAGGAACGAGGGAGUGUGGCUUCCCAGGCACACACGACGGAAAACGUGUCAAACAUACGGAGAAGUAGCCCGGAGAGAGUCGGGGAAGCCCGGAUCCCAGAGACUGGAGCGAAGGGGCCUCUGGAGAAAGGGCCCUGCCCGCGGCGGGGCGGGAGGGGAAGGCCCGCGGGGCCGAGCGGCUGCCGGGGACAGCGCCCCAGGGGCCGGCCUCGCACCUGCCGCCGGGAGCAGGGUGCCUGUGGGCACCUGCCGCGGGCACAGCAGACGGGCGGUCCUCAGCAGGAGAGGAGCCAGCUGUCUGCGGGAAGGACCGCCAGCCACGCCGCGAGGCCUGGCGCCGGGCUCCGGCUGCGGGAGGGCCGAAGCCUGGGCCCGUGAGGAACAUGGAGAGGCCCCCGCCUGCCUUUGAGGAUCAGCCCUAGUGCCUGAACCUGAGUGUAUCUUCAAGGUGAGGACCGGGACGCAUGUGACCACCUGCCCUGGACUUCCUGGGAUGCCCGGCUUGACCCAUAAGCCGUCCUGGCUCCAGGUGGGGAAGUCUGGGCAGACCGACGUGCUCCCCGCAGCCUCUUCUUCCCUCAGGGCCCAUCCACGCACAAGGCCACCCUGCUGCCCUUUGGUCUGCUCCAGCCCGCUGGCCAGACUUGCAGGGUCCGAGUCCAGGUGGCUCAGGUCAGAGCCUCAUUCCCCGAGGGCACCCCUCCAUUAUGACUUCACCGACUGAAGUUGCCCCGGAGACAAUGCUGGGCGUUCCACCCCAGAGUCUUCGCUUCUGAGAGGCAGGGGUGGCAGGCCAGCCAGCCCAGGGUAUCCUCUGUCUGUGGGAUAACUGAGGACGCUGCUGGCCCCUGUCCUGCGGGGGUGCAGAGGGCAGCCUCAGAGGCCCUGGGUGCUCCCGGUGCCAUGGACGACGCUGGCGUCCUCAGGCGACGAGGCUACACCAUGGGGACACAUUUGGGAGAGGGCUCGUACGCAAAGGUCAAAUCCGCCUACUCUGAGCGCCUGAAGUCCAACGUGGCGGUCAAGAUCAUCGACCGCAAGAAAGCCCCCACGGACUUCUUGGAGAAGUUCCUUCCCCGGGAAAUCGAGAUUCUGGCCAUGCUGAACCACCGUUACAUUAUCAAGACCUACGAGAUCUUUGAGACGUCAGACGGCAAGGUCUACAUCGUCAUGGAGCUCGGGGUCCAGGGCGACCUCCUUGAGUUCAUCAGAACCUGGGGGGCCCUGCACGAGGAUGAUGCUCGCAAGAAGUUCCACCAACUCUCCUCAGCCAUUAAGUACUGCCACGACCUGGACAUCGUCCACCGAGACCUCAAGUGCGAGAACCUUCUCCUCGACAAGGACUUCAACAUCAAGCUGUCCGACUUCGGCUUCUCCAAGCGCUGCCUGCGGGAUGACAGUGGCCGACUGACGCUGAGUAAGACCUUCUGUGGGUCGGCGGCGUACGCAGCCCCCGAGGUGCUGCAGGGCGUCCCCUACCAGCCCAAGGUGUACGACAUCUGGAGCCUGGGCGUGAUCCUCUACAUCAUGGUCUGCGGCUCCAUGCCCUACGACGACUCCAACAUCAAGAGGAUGCUGCGCACCCAGAAGGAGCACCGGGUCAAGUUCCCCCGCUCCAAGCACUUAACGGGUGAGUGCAAGGACCUCAUCUGCCGCAUGCUGCAGCCGGACGUCAACCGGCGGCUGCACAUUGACGAGAUCCUCAGCCACUGCUGGGUGCGGCCCAUGGCACGGGGCCUGUCCUCUGCAGCCAUCAGCAAGGGUGGGGAGAGUUCCCAGGGCACCGAGCCUUCGUGCAACCCCGAGCCCAGCUCUGACGAGAGGUCUGCCACCAAGCUGGAGCCCCUGGAGGAGGCGCAUCCCGAGGCCCUGCCCAAGACACAGGCCGAGGAGAAGGUACUGCAAGCACAGGUGUCGAGGCAGUUAGAGCCCCUGGGCCUCGAUGGCAGUGAGCAGCUGAGCAGGGAGGCAGAGGGUGAGGUCCCCGUGGGGCCUUCCGAGGCGCACACCUAGGAAGCCUCCUGCAGCCCAGGGGGCCGGCGGGGAAAGAGGCAGAGCUCAUGGCUUCGCGCCUGAGCGCUGGAAUUCAAGGGAUGAGCCAGAGAAGGAAGACUGUCCUGGAUGAGCCGCUAUUUUCGUCAGUUUCUCCUCCCUCCCUUUGAACUUGGUAAACCCAUGGUAACGUGGCUAAAGAAGCAAUAAAUCACUAUAUUAGU